AUGAACCCACCAUCACCACCACCUAAUCUCUCUCAAUCCACCACCACCACCCCACAUUAUAAUCCAUUUCCCACACCCACCCCACAUUAUAAAACGUUUGUUUCUCCGAACAACGGUUAUCUAGGUUAUCACCGGUUUAGAGGUGAAAUUGAAUCUAGUGACAAUGAAUGUGAAUCGAUUGUCCCACAUUUAAACCCAGUUUCAUCUCCGAUUAACGAGCUUAGAAUGUUAAGACUAAACAGUUCAUUUCCGUCAUUUUCACCUACCGGAGAUUUAAUCGCGUUCAAUCCUGAUUUUGAUUCAAAAGUCGGUUUAGAUUUCGUGAAAUCCGACGGUUCAAAGCGGUGGAGUUUGUUAAAAGGACGAACAACAUUCUACAAUUCAUGGAGUCCAACGGAGAAGAACGUUAUAUUCACAUCAAUCGGGCCGAUAUUUGACCCUGUUAAAGUUGCGAUGCAAAUCGCUAGGGUUCCGUUUAAUCUAGAACAACUUGAAGAUGAUGUAAUCGAUGUAAAAGCUGAGAUUAAGAUACUUACAAGAGAAGAAACCGGCAACGAUGUGUUUUCGUCAUGUUCAACUGACGGAAAACGGUUAGUGUUCAGAUCUGGAUGGCCAGGACACAAAAACCUCUACAUAUUAGACGUAGUUGACGGAGAGUUUAAAUCAGAAGGCGGAAUCUGGCAGUUAACCGACGGAGAAUGGAUCGAUACGAUGUCGUGCUGGUCGCCGGACGGUAAGCUAAUUACGUUUUCAUCUAACUGGCAUAAUCCGGCGAAUGUUGAUGCGUUUAGCAUCUACGUAAGGUGCUCCAACGGAAGUGACGUACGGCGGAUAUAUGUUGCCGGAGAUGAAGGAUCUGAGGAGGUGGAUAGGUGGGUGGUGAGAGGUGGUGGUGGUGGGUUGAGAGAGAUUAGGUGGUGGUGA